GCAACUAAACUGAAAGUAAAAGAGAGCCACCAUGGCUGCAUUGCUUAGCUCACUACUUAUCUUCUCAUUCUUGUCUCUUGGAACUCCAUUAUCCUCAAACUACUACCAGAAAACAUGUCCAAAUGCAGAAUCAAUCAUCAGAAAAGCCGUAACCGACGCCACAAAGAAUGACAAAACUGUCCCUGCAGGACUGCUCCGAAUGCACUUCCACGACUGUUUCGUAAGGGGGUGUGAUGGUUCGGUGCUGUUGAACUCGAAAGGAAAGAACAAGGCUGAAAAAGACGGACCGCCAAAUGUUUCUCUGCACGCAUUUUAUGUCAUCGACAACGCAAAGAAAGCCCUCGAAUCUGCGUGUCCGAGGGUGGUCUCGUGUGCCGAUAUCUUAGCUUUAGCUGCAAGAGAUGCAGUUGUGCUGUCUGGAGGACCAUCUUGGGAUGUGCCAAAAGGAAGAAAAGAUGGAAGAACAUCUAAGGCUAGUGAAUCCACACAGCUACCGGCUCCUACCUUCAACAUUUCUCAACUUCAACAAAGUUUCUCCCAAAGAGGUUUGUCAUUGGAAGAUCUAGCAGCACUCUCAGGUGCGCAUACUCUCGGGUUCUCGCAUUGCUCGUCAUUCAACAACAGAAUUCACAACUUCAACUCCACAACCGACAUUGACCCUUCGCUCCAGCCUUCAUUUGCCGCAAGUUUAAGACGUGUUUGCCCUGCAAAAAACAAUGCAAAAACCGCGGGUGUCCCAAUGGAUCCUUCAUCUACUACUUUUGAUAAUACAUACUACAAAUUGAUCUUGCAGCAAAAAGUUCUAUUUUCUUCGGAUAAUGCUUUGCUCGGUUCCCCCAAAACCAAAAGUUUGGUAUCCAAGUUUGCCAGCUCAAAGGAUGCUUUCUCGAAAGCAUUUGUGAAGUCUAUGAUCAAGAUGAGCAGCAUAACUGGUGGUCAGGAAAUCAGGAAGGACUGUAGGGUUGUAAACUAAGCAUUUCGCCUACCUAUAAAGAUGUAUAAAAUGUAUGUAUUUAAACCUCUAGAAUAGAGGGGAGCCGGCCUUAGUUUCUAUUCAGAAACAUGGAAAUCAUAUCCAAGCUAUCGCAGGUAUAUGAUGUAUAAUUCUAUUGCAGUUAUAAGAAGGAACAUUCAAGUUUAUGA